AUGGGCAUCAGUGCACUGAAACAGAUGUUGCUGGACACUGCCAGCGACAUCAAGCUUGCCAAAGCAGAGGUCAAAGAAAUGCCCACGGUGAAGCUGCUGCUGAGCCUUUCCGCGGACAUGCAUUUGCCCAUGGAUCGUCUGGGCAGCAACGCUGUGAUGACGGCGGCCCGCUUCGGCAACCACGAAGUGGUGCCUUUGCUGAUCGCAGGGCCCUCGGACCUGCUGCGCCAGAACUUCUUCGGGGGCCGGGCGCUACACGUGGCCUCCAUCUCGGAGAAUCCCCAGGUCACCAGGACGCUUUUGCAAAUGCAUUCCGAUCCCAACGUCGCCACUAACAUUGGCUGCCCGGUACUGUGCUUCAGCCCCCAGUACGGCACCGAUCCCGGGCACAUCGAGUACCUGCUGAAGGCGAGCCGAAACGCAGAGAUGGAGAUGAAGCAAAAGGAUGUGGAGGUGUGCAGCCAGGACAGCACUGCUAGCGGAGGGAGCAGCAAAGGGAGCCUCAGUGUGGGUUCGGCGAGUGUGAGCAAGUUCCGGCGGGGUGGCAUUCUGCCCACCGCGAUUUGCCUCAGCAAGGCGGCCAUCGGCGCCGGGGUGCUGUCGGUGGCGGCGCAUGGGGCGGAAGUGGGCGCUGUGUAUCAGUUCACUUGCCUCAUCCUGGGCGGGCUACUCACUUUGGCCAGCAUCCGCAUGAUCGCGAACGCCAGCGUGGAGACGGGCUGCUGGAGCUAUGAGGACAUUUGCGACGAGCUCUUUCACCCGUCCAUGUCGAUUUUCACUGGCUUCAUCAACGUGUGCAACUGCCUGGGCUCCGCUGCUGGAUACCUCAUCGUGUGUGGGCAAGUGUUUCAGGUGGUCUUCCAGGCGGAUGACCAGGCUCGGAAGCUCUUCGUGGUGCUAGUGGGCGUCUUCGUGUGUGGCCCUUUGGCUUUGGCCCGUCACGUGGGAUUCAUGCGGCACCUGGCGGCCAUCAGCGUGGGGGCUCUGCUGCUGCUGGUGGGCUCGGUGGUGUGGUACUGGGGCGAGCACGGCAUCGACGAGUCCCUGGACGUGGAGAGCUUCCUGCUUCCCAGCUCGGGCGCCACGGUGUUCACCUACAUGAACUCCAUCAAUAACAUGGUCUUCGCCUACAACAACCAGUUCAACGUCCCGCAGCUCACUGGGGAAUUGACACCAGUUCCCUCUGUGCGCAACAUGACCAAGGUCGCUCUCUUGAGCACCAGCCUAUGCUUCCUGCUCUACGGGAGCGUGUCCAUCUUCGGCGUGCUGGCAUUUGGCGUGGCCGACAAUCAGAAGGACACGCUGAUCCUGGAUCUGAUGCCGGCACGCAAGGAGUGGCACGUGGUGGUGUCGCUCUUUGCAGUGAUGUUCAGCGUCCUCACCUGCUUCCAGUUCCACGUGUACCCCAUCCGCCAAUUCUCCGCUUAUGCGGUGCGCAAGCUCCGCGGGCUUCCGGCCAAAGCAGCGGAGGAGGAGGAGGAGGUGAGCGACGGAUGCGGCGGCCGGUCACUGGCGCGAUGGCUGGAUAUCGCCUGCGCUUUAGGGGCUGUGGCGGUCGCCAUCUUGAUCGCAGUGGUGGUCACCUCCCUGCGCACCAUCCUGGACUUCAUCGGAGCCUUUGCCUCUGCAUACAUCUCCUACGUUGUGCCCCCACUGUGGAUCCUGGCCCUCCGCAGGAAGGGUCAAACCUUCUCCUGGCGGGCGCCAGAGAUCCUCUUCAGCCUGGCAUUGCUGUCACUCGGCGUCUUCUUCUUCGUGUUUGGCACCUACUCCGCGCGCGCGGACCCCAACUUCUCGGGACAGCCCGUCGGCUCCGGCGUGGACCUGUCCAAGACGUGGAUGAAGAAGGUCCGGGAAAACUCGGCCAGCCUCGCGGAGAUCAACCUGGCGCUCGGCAACGGCGGCACCCCGCUCCACUUCGCAGCCUUAAACGGCGCAUUAGAGAUCGCCCAGAUGCUCGUGCAGUACAAGGCGAAUCCCAAGGCUGCAUGGGGCGAGCAGAGCCGGACGCCUUUGCAGCUGGCACAAGAGCAAGGCCAUGCGUCCUUGGUGAAGCUCCUUGAGGAGAUAGGCUGA